GAAAAAUUUGAUAUAUUGACCUUGAGCGCUACAAUGGACGGGCUGGAGAAACCACAAUCUUACUUAAAUUGGACAACCACUCAAGUCAUAUCUUGGCUUUCUGGGUUGGACGACGCUAUUGGACCGUAUCUAUCUUCGUUUAGUUCGAAAAAUAUAAAUGGAAAAUGGCUUAGCUCACUGACUGCUGAUGUUUUGGACAAGUAUGGAGUUCACAAGAUUGGCCAUCAAAUGAUCAUCAUGGAGAAAGUCAAGCAACUACAAUACCAGUUUUCUUCUUUCGAUAACGAAACACUUCAGUCAGUUUUAUUGCGUGUUUCACGUUCGUGUACGUGCAUUGUCACAGCAAUAAACUCUCUUAUGGCUAUAACUAAGAGACAAGAUGCUGACAGUCCUUAUCCGGGGAUUCUUUUAGAUAUUCAGGGGGCUGUCUCCUACAUUCUUAGUUGUAUACUGAACUUAAUGUCUACGAUUGGAAAUGCUGCAUCCUGGCUGGAGCGACCUCCUUUCUCUUUUCUUCCUGAUAUGGUUGUUUUUCGACAAUUUCUUGUUGAAAAUGCCAUAAUCACUAAUAGGCUGUCUCAACAGGCUAUAAGUACUCAAUGUAAUGAACACUUUAAGGAGAUACUUGAUUAUAUUGAACCAAUGAAAAGUCGUGUCGAAGAUGUCCUUCAAAAUUGUGGUGAUUCUAUUCUACUAACUCCAUGUGGGAUCGAAAUGGUGCAAAUACGGAAACUUGACUCAGCUGAUUUUGGAUUUAAUUUUCGGUCCACAAUAAACAAUAUCCAUGUAAUUGUUUCUGUUCAAGAUGAGUCCCCAGCAUUUAGUACUGGAAAAGUUACUAAAGGAGAUGAAGUAAUUGAAGUAAACGAACAAAUAGUUAUUGGUUGGCUUCACUAUCGUGUCGCUGAUUUGAUGCGGCAUUCUUCGCAGCAUAUUAGUUUGCGAUUGCGGAAGCGACCUUCACAUUCCAACGACUUUAUUGGUUUUCCAGGGGCUGGGCGGCGUCAUCGCCUGAUAGUCAAUCAGAUACCACCUGCUGGGAGUUUAUCUCAGACACGAGGUGCGUAUCUAUUUGCACGAAAUCCAAAACGCCGUCUGCCUCUUACUGGCCCACUUUCUGCAGAACCUCUGGCUGUUACUCAAGAAACUACCUCUGAUCAAACAUCUGUUUCUUCACCAACAUCAACAUCACCUGAAUCCCAAUCAAUAGUUAGUGUGUCUGGGUUGUUUUCAUCUCCGACAUCUUCCUUAUCUGUGCAUCAGGGUACAUCAAUAAAAAUAAGUGAUGAUUCUUGCAAUCUAGAAAAUAUUGCUCAUAUAUCUUCUAGACCGAAUUCCAGUAAUGAAUCUAUUAUUUACAAUAAUUCAAGACUUAUUGCAAGUACACCGAAUACUCCAUUAAUGACUUUACGAUCAAUGGACUUAGUAUGUUCUCAUUCUUCACUAUCGUUCCCACCUCCUCUCCCACCUACAUAUCCUGGUAUUACCACCUUUGAUAAUGGAAUGAAUGAUCCGAGUGUGUCAUCUGAUACUAUGUACUCAAAAAAAUACAAGGCUGUCAAUUCUUCGCAUCAUAUUCGUUCAACUUCUUGUUCUUCAAACAAAUCUGUUUUCCCUCGUCUCUCGCUAACACAUCGACGUGCUGCAUCUGGUGAUCCAAAACUGAUGAACAAUAUCUCUAGUGGCAAUGGGGAAGAUAUGUUAUCUCAGAACAAACCAAGUCCUUCUUCUUCGCUUCGUCACUGUAGUAGUUCAUCUCCUAAAUUUCAUGCUUCGGAUAAACGCUAUCGAAACCUUCAUCGUUCUAGCCUUGAUGAUUUUAUGUUUUUAUUGAAACAUGGAUUGGGAUCAAGGAAACCAACUCGUCGUAUUUCCUGCAAAGAUCUCGGACAAGGAGAUUGUGAAGGAUGGCUAUGGUUGAAGAAAACCAAUCCACUUACUAGUAAAUAUGUCAAACGAUGGUGUGUUUACAAAAACUCAACGUUUUAUUAUUACAGAAAUCCUGAAGACGAUUCAGCUGAAGGUUUAAUUCUAUUGCAUGGUUUCACAAUCACCCCCGCAGUCUCAGUGAAAUCAGGAAAAUUGUAAGUUCUUUCGAAUGCAUCUUUUAAAAUUGUAGCUUACGUUAAACAUAGACCAACCAACUGCAAAAUUUGUAAGUGACUACUGUAUGAUAUUUUUCCCCUACAGUUCGCUAGUCGAUUGCUAUAGUAAAUCGUCUUGGCUAGUUUUCACUACAAAUAUACGGAGUUUGCUCGGCCUCAUUGCUGAAAAUUUGUUCAUGGCAGCUUACACAGGAUUGCCGUGUUUCCGCAAAGACUUUACAAAUCGAAGGAUCAUUUUAGUAAAAAUUUGGCUACACAAUCCAUCAGCUUUUAAAAAAUGCCGUUUCGCCCUUGCAAAUAAUUUUCAAGACUGACAGACAAACAAUCCAAAAUUAUCAAUGCAACGCAAGAUUGCCUUUAACUAAGCCCUUUGAUUUAUAGUUGGGUGAGACAUUUCUCUACCUAAUGUUGGUUCGACUGUAUGUACGAUUGUCUCAUCAUACAUUUCAGAUAUCAUACUUUACAACAGCUUGAGAGUUAAAACUCGAUUGGCACGUAUUGGGGGUUCUUUUUUGUCCAACUAUUUGCUGUUUCUCACACUUAUACCGUAGUCUACCUAACUAAUACUAUUAUUAUGCUCCAAUUUCAUGGCUCUGUUAAUACGGAAAUAACAGUUGCUUCGAACGAAUAACUUUAGCUUAGCAGACUUACUAGUUAGUCAAGUUUAUUUGAUUUUCUCUCAGUAAUGUCGUGCGCUUUUUCAUAUUUCAUCUAUGAUAGCGCAUUUUCUAUUUUCAAUGACUGGGUUCGCUUUGUGUUCGCUUCGGAUUCUGAAAUCGAUCGAUCAAAAUGGAUGAAUAAGUUAGGUCUAGCUUCGAUCGGUUUGUCAUCUACCAUUCCAACUUCUCGUAUUGGAGGUUUCAACCCUGGCUAUGUGGUUUCACGUGAUUCGAAAAAUACCGAGAUGAAAGCUGAGAUUUAUCUUCCGCAUUCAUGCACCACUCUGUCAGAUUCUCCCACUAGGAAUUUUCAAGGUGAUAAUUUGUACGGGGCCCGGUAUCAGACUUUGUCAACCUCCAAAACUACAGAUUUCACAGAAAACCCCUCGAUAGCAGCGGCGAUUUCUCAGCCUGUACCAACUCUUCCCGGGAACGCAGUUCUGGAUUCGGUUUCAUCCUCAUCAUUUUCUACGUCUGACCUACGUUCGAAUUCAUUACCAACCAAACCCCUUACUGCCCGCUAUAUGAUUUUUCCUCGGAAUAGUGCUUUGACACCCAUGGUUGGACACUUAUCAUCUCCUGCCCGCACCAGAACUAAACAUCACCAAUCACUGGAAAUUUCUACAGUAGCAUUCGGGUGCUAUAGUGAGAGUGAAGACGAAGUAGACGAGGAUAUUGAGGCCGAAUAUGAUGUGUAUGACAACACUGAUGAUAAUUGUAUCUCUGAAGAAAGUGCACAACCAAAAUUUCGAAGCCGACCAGGAUCAGCGUCUCCAUCACAUGAACGAAGAUCUGUUAUUUCAAACAGUACACAAGAAAAUGAAUGUUUAAAAGAAUACAAAAAGCUGAUUUCGUGUGAUAGUGAACCACAUGUAUCCACUUCACAUGCUUCAGCUUCUUUAUCACACCCGUUAAGAGCUACGAGCAUUGCAAAAAAUCUCUGUAGUUCUGAAAAACUGUUACCUAUUGAAAGAAUUGUUGGCGUCAGAUACAACGAAUCAGUUCCUGAACUCAACAGUAGCCAUUUUAAUAACUGAUACUGAAAGGUUGAUUUUCAAAUCACUUUAAUUUUCUAUUGUUUUUGUUGAAUUUACUUUUGAGUUUUAUUUUUAUUAAUUCAGACUCUAUCUGCCAUGUUAUAUGAAGUCUUAUAUGAUUAUCCACAUGAAUUUGAAUCCAAAGGCAUGCAUGUAACCACUGGGCUUCACUGAGCUCAGAAGUUUGAAAGUACAUUACUACACAAGUUUGUAUGAUAAA